AUGUCAGCAGGUGGUGUUGAUAUUUCUUUUGCCAAAAAUAAUUCUAACAUCAAAGGAAUCCUCUGGGCAGGAUAUCCCAGAGAGGAAGGUGGACAUGCGAUCGCAGAUGUUGUAUUCGGGACACACAACCCCGGUGGGAAAUUACCUCUAACGUGGCAUGAAAACAGUUACGUCGAUAUGCUACCUAUGACCUCUAUGCAAUUGAGGCCACUCGAUAUCAUGGGAUACCCGGGUCGAACAUACAGAUUUUUCAACGACUCCAUAGUGUAUCCAUUUGGAUAUGGCCUAAGCUACACUAAUUUCACCUACAAAAUUUCAUCCUCCGAACAAUCGUUGAGCAUUCAAUUGAACAAGUUCCAGCACUGUCGGGACCUUAACUACACCGAUGGCUCGUUUAAGCCCCCAUGUCCUGCAGUACUCAUCGAUGACUUACAACAAUGUGAUGACCAGAACGUCAAGUUUGAGGUCGAGGUACAGAAUAUCGGCCAAAAAGACGGCCGAGAGACUGUGAUCCUGUAUUAUUUACCCCCUGCUGGAAUUCAAGGGGCUCCUAUAAAGCAAGUCAUUGCUUUUGAUAAAGUGUUUUUGGCUGCAGGAGAAAGCCAAAAGGUUCCAUUUAAGUUAAAUGCAUGCAAGAGUUUGGGAGUCGUUAGUUUUAAUGGUUACACUCUUUUACCAGCUGGGAGUGGUACCAUUGUAAUUGGAGAUGACUUAUUAUCAUUUCCAAUUAGUGUUAAUUUUCAACAAUAA